AUGCGAGCGUCUACUGAGAUCCACAGUGCGGAUGCGCAACCGUCGACGGCGCCCGGAGCUCAUCGGAGUGCGGGCAAGACAAAACUGUCGAUUUUUGACCGUUUCCUAAAACGUAACGACGGACCACCAACGUCGGGCCGUCCCGCGAUAGCGUCGGCGCCGCGACCGACGAGCCCCAAAUGGGACUUCGCUACGUCGCGCCUUUCUGCGCGCCGCAGCGCGCCCCUUGAACUCAACGCCGACAGCAUACGCAUUCCUAGAGACCGCUGCGAAGUGCCGAUGCCCGCAACUGCAUACAACAUAGGAAGCCGCAGCCGCAGUACAGCAGCCGAGAAAUCGUCCGAAAGCGAAGCGGAGGCAAUCGCUGUUCGUCACUCGAAAUGGGUCACCUUCGGGACGCCGAGCCCGCGGGCCUCGCAAGAAAUUGAACGAGGACGCCAAGAUCACUGCCGUGAAAGCAGUGGUGUACUAGAAUCGACGCGAUCGCGUUGCAUUGAGACCACCAACGGAAUCGAUCACGGGUCUAAUAGAGGCCGCGCGCAUGGAUCAGACCUACAACACCUGAGCAAUACGCAUCAUGCGGACCUCAGCGACCUGAUCGAGGAUACAUGCGCGCAGUUGAAAGGUGCUAGAAAAGCUGAACGGCGUUGGUCGGCACCGAAGUUUGGCGACGACCAGCCACGGCCCGAGACCCUGGAGGAGAAAGUGGCCGCGUGGGACCCAAAUCAAGAAACCUAUGCUCUGUCGCCGCCUGGAGAACUCGAGCUAUUUGAACUCGAAACGAUCGACCCAAGGCGCACGAGACGACCGAAGCCGGCCCCGCGCAAUGCGGCGCUCUGUUGUGAGAGCAAGCCUUCGUGCGCUCGGUCGCCGACCAGCCCUCCGAAGAUUAAGAGAAUUCUGCCCGUAACGGCCGCCGAUUCUAGCAUGUACGAAGACUUGCACUGGUUCAUCGAAUCGUGCGAGCAGUCGGCUACGUCAACUCCGCUCUGUGACCGUGCAACCACAGCCGGCACUUCGACGCCGAAAGCAGAAGCCCGGCCUGCCUCCCUCUCCAUUAAGGCCGGCGCUGCCACACGCCAAGCUGACACAUCGCUUGCGCCCGUCGAAAAAGGCAAGGCGUCUUCAGUCGCUCCAGGUGUAUCGUAUUCGCUCAGUGGUCCAAGAGAAGAACUGCCGCAAGAACGCGCGCGGGGGCAUAGUAUGGCGGAUACGUCCAUAGCUACACCUGUAGUGCCGCAGAACAGCUGUAUACCACCAAAGCCCGCUACCAGCACUAGUCGUCGCGAUGUCGUCUCGCCCUAUGCUCCAAAGCCUUCGUCGUCCGGCAAGUCCGACGGACUUGCCGACCUAAACUGGAUGCCCGUAGUGGAAUCUCACCAGGUAGCAGGACCGGUGGCGCCGGGAACUGAGGAGGACAAGACGAAGGGAGGCGAUGCGAGGAGUAAUGAACCCGACGAGCAGGAAGCUGCCGCCCGAGGAGAAAAGAAGCAUCAUCGCAAACACGACAGAAAGAAGCACCACAGAAAGAAGAAGUUGGCCAAGCUGAAGAAGAAAGAGCGGGCGAAGGCGGCUCGGCUUACGCAAGACGAAGCAGCCUUGCCGACAUCAGAGCAGCAGGGACCGUCCGCAGCGUCCCCCCGCUGUCAAUCGGACCAUGGUUCCAACCACAGAGGCGCCGCCGCUGCAGCCACUGCCGCCGCUGCCGCCGCCUCUCCCUCUGUCGAUCCAGAGCCUGACGGCGUAGGUGACGAGGUGACCCACAUCGACAGCGGCACUGUCAGUAUAAGCAUCAGAACGCUGAUACGCACAAGAUCAGGCCUUCUGUGGCCAUUUAACUCCCCUCACGACAGCUGA